AUGGUUAUAUAUCAAAAAAAAGCCUUCUCCGAGCCGGAGGAUGAAAAGCUGCGGAAAAAGCAAUACCAGGGGAGACUUCUGCACUCCCUCCACCGUGCGCUCCAAUUUUGCAAAAAGGCAGCCAGCCCAAAGUCGCAGCUUGCAAAAAAGAAAGACGGACGACCCAGGACGAGACGGCAAGCUGAGCCACACUCUUCCACUGCCAGGAAAAAGCAACGACAGGGAGCCCAAAAGCCAAAAGCCAAAAUAAAAAAGAAAAAAAAGAAGGAAGGAAAAAAGGCCCAGGGUCAAACCACCGCGGAAUUAAAGGGCACUUCCUGUUUCAACUUCAGAUUUCGAGAUGGAACAAACGGAAGACGUGGCUCGUGGAAGCGUCUAGCCGGGCAGCAAGGGGGAGGGAAGAAGAAAUCCAGAAGAACCCACUAUCAGGGCAGAAGAAGAAUAUAA